CAGAACGCUCUCUCUCUCUAGUAAACACAUUCCCCCUGACUCACUGCUCUCACAGAAAGGAGAAGGUCGACGUUAGAAACCAGAAGUACGCAGCAGAAGACAGAACUUGUAAAGAAGGAUACAUUCAAUAACUUUUAAUCAGAAGAAAACAAGGUGAUGGCCGUGUCCGUCUCCAGGGAUCUAACCGUUCAGGUGCUGGAAGAUGUGAAUACUGUGAAGCUGACUGACCGACAACAGGCACUGCGAGCUGCUAUCCAAAGAGGAGAACCGAAAUGUCUGGGGGUGAGUCAGGUGAUGCUGGGGUUGAUGGUCAUGUCCUACUCCAUUCCUCUUCACUUCACCGAGUUCACUGAGGUGGUCACUCUGGGGGUUCCUUGGUGGAGCGGCCUGAUGUUCGUCACAGCGGGAGUGGUCGCUAUCGUCUUGGACAAAAACUGCACCAUGAAGUUUCUGCAGCUGUGUUUGAUGGUGACUGUGGUGUCCGUUGUGCUGUCAGUGGUGGCUGUGAUCAUCUAUUCCGUGGACAUGGACAAGCAUCCUGAGGUGCCUUGUGUCAAGACGAUACAUGACGGCUGCAACGACGAACACUACGCCACGAGGCUAAGCAGGGGUUUGAAGUCGUCUCUCCUUCUCUUCACUCUGGCCCAGACAGCCAUCUCUGCCAUCCUUAGCUUCCUACUCUUCCGACAGAGACGCAGCUUCGGGCAGUAUGCCUCUCUCACUUCAGCUGGUCCUCCGACCCCCACAGCUCUGAUACCCCCCGACUUCAACUGACCAACCAUUGGACCAGCGGUCGCCGUGGAGACAGAUCCCCCCUCGUUAGGAUGAUCAGCUGUGUUCUGUAAUUAAUCCACGUCUGGAGUUGUUUCUGUUUACUUGUAUCUAUGACUUAAUCACCGUCCUGUCUGGCAUGUCGACACCAGAUUGUUUCAUCAAGGCCUGAAUAUUAGAACAUUCAGUCAAAUGGUUCAAACCUCGAUCUAAUGAACAACUCACCUGUAAUAAAUAUAACAGUAAAUAAUGGCACAAAUAGAACCGCCUGAAUAGUUUUACACAAAUGUACUGAAUGUGACACAAUAAACGUGGUUUGUUUUCUGGGUGGUAGAGGGUUUAAACCGGGAGUGUCAAAUUCAUUCUAUUCCAGGUUCCACAUCCAGUCCAGUCUGAUCUCCAGUGGACGGGCCAGUUUUACUAUAUGAUCAAAACGACAAAAGUCAGAUUAAAAAAAGACAAAAAAAAAACAACAAAAAGAAGACAAAAUAUUAAAAAAACGAGACACAAAAC